UAUGUAAACGCUUUCCUGCUUCUUCAUCUUCUGACCUCAUCUAAAGUUAAGCUUUUAAAUUCCAUUACAAUUGAUGUCAGGAUUCUUUAAAUUACUACUGCAGCAAAAAAGGAGGGGCGUCUAGUACGUCAAUUCGGCAUCCUACACCAUAUUUCUUAUUUCAGAAAUGUCAAUACGUUGGUUGGCCAUCUGCAAUUAGUGAUAUCGUACCCUUCAAAGUCUACCUCAUAUUACAAAAUUGUAACUCUGCUCUCUAACCAGUAAAGGCCAAGAGCAUUUUGACACUUGCCUAUCCAUUUCUCUCGCUCAUGUAUACGACAGUCUGCCGUCGGGCUAUCAACUCACCGAAAACCCACGAGAACGACCUAAGUCAAGCUAGACCCCGCAAAUGGGAAUCCCUCAUGCUUCUCCAGGUUUUAGAGAGAUCCGGGUAAUUGGAGUCUCCACCAGUGGUUGCAGUAGAGCUCUUGUCGAGCCUUGGUACGGUGUUAUUGGUGUGCUAUGAUAUGAUUUUUGUACUAUACUUAGUGAUAGGGUGGUAUGGUAUGAUGGGUACAUCUAUAAGUAUAAGUAGGUAUGUAUAGACUCUUGUUUCUAUGACAAUUAAUACCUUCCCGCGAGUGUAAUUCUCGUCUUGCAUCGUAGCAAUGUUAAGACAGAUCUUUACACUCUUACUGGUAGCCCUCCAGGGCCUCUCAGCUACUUGUGAGAUUGACAGACGUAAAGUCGUUCGAUCGUUUAAUCCUCAUCGCAAUGCUAGCUCUAAGACUACCCCGUUGCAAGUUGGCAACGGCAACUUCGCGUUUGGGGCAGACGUCACGGGUCUUCAGACUUUCAGCCCCUUCGCGACAAUGUCUACUUGGGGUUGGCAUAAUUUUAGUCUUCCAACCACCGGUGGUCAGACUUCAAUAGAUGACUUCACUGGCGUGGACUGGUAUACCCAUGGUCGACUAGUCAACUACAACCAGCCCAACCCAGCACAGAACGAAAUAUCCAACUGGCUAAUCCAAAAUCCCCAACGUGUCAACUUGGGGACUUUUGGGCUCUGGUUCGAUGAAGAUAAUGUGACCGAGGAACUACUAGAAGACAAGUCUCAGAUACUCGACCUCUGGACGGGGAAAAUAUCUUCUUCUUUCACUUAUAACAAGGCUCCUGUUGAGGUCGAAACAUGGGCAGAUACAAGUUCCGACGCAGUUAGCAUUUCCAUAGAGUCGGAGCUCUUCUGUACAGAAUCUCUAGGCAUAUUCUUCGACUUUCCUCUGCCGGCGCGGAACAAAUUUGACGCCCCCUUUGUCGGCGUUUUCGACGCUACGAAUAACCACACUACCACACUACAGCGCGGAGAAAGUACUGCAACUAUUCGGCACGAUAUCGACGACGCCUCGUACUAUGUUUCGAUCUCGUGGGAUUCUUCUGCUGAAAUUUCAGGGCCUAUCGAAGGGACUCAUCGUUAUAUACUACAUCCAUCACGGGAAACUAAGAGGAUUGAGUUGUCUGUAGCAUUCUCUCUGGCUUCGAGCACGCAUAUACCGUCUUUUAGGGAUGUUACGUCUGCAUCUACGUCUUGGUGGGAGUCUUUCUGGAGCUCUGGUGCUUUUAUUGAUUUGACGGGGGUUGAGUCUCCAAAUGCCACAGAGCUACAACGGAGAACAAUAUUAUCUCAAUAUCUUACGGCUGUCAACUCAGCUUCCUCGUAUCCACCACAGGAAUCUGGCUUGGUAAAUAACGGAUGGUAUGGCAAGUUUCAUCUUGAGAUGGUACUGUGGCAUCUGCUCCACUUCGCUCGAUGGAAUCAAUUUCCAUUGCUAUGGCGCAGCCUUCCGAGCGUGUAUUCCGAAUACUUGGAUUCAUCAAUCGAGCGAGCGACACUCCAACACUACCAAGGUGCCCGCUGGGGUAAGAUGACCGACCCUACUGGAAGGUCAGCCCCCGGAGAAAUCAACUCGCUGCUCAUCUGGCAGCAGCCUCAUCCGAUGUACUUCGCCGAGAUCGAGUACAGGUCUUUCCCUAACGAGGCAACAUUAAAAUCCUGGGACAGGAUUCUUACCGCUACCGCUGACUUCAUGGCAUCAUACGCCUUCUUCAACGAAUCAACUGCCCUCUGCGAUCUAGGACCGCCUAUGUACCCGGCCUCGGAAAACACCAACCCCAACGCGACGAUCAACCCUACAUUCGAGCUGGCCUACUGGCGCUUCGGCUUGGACGUCGGUAUCAGGUGGAAGCAGAGACAAAAUCAAACAGCACCUCGUAAAUGGGUCGACAUACGAAACAAUCUAGCGCCGUUACCCAUCGCAGACGACGCAUUCGCCGUGUACGAGGGUAUUCCGAACAUGUGGAACGGCACCACCGUCCAAGACCACCCGGCAUUGUCCGCAAUCUUCGGCCUGCUCCCCCCGCCGAGCAGCGGGCCGCCUCUAAACAUGACGGUCGUGAAGAACACGGCAGAUAAGAUUCGGGAUCUCUGGGACUUGGAGGACUGCUGGGGUUGGGAUUUUCCGAUGCUGGCUAUGAACUCUCUUCGCCUCGGGGACAUCGACCAGGCUGUGGCAUAUCUACUCCACCCCCUUUUCGAAUUCGACGAUGCGGGGUAUCCCGUUGGAGGAUCGCGGGUGCCGACCCCCUAUUUCCCGGGGGCGAGUUCGUUCUUGUUGGCUAUGGCUAUGAUGGCAGGGGGGUGGGAUGGCGAGCCUGGGACGCACUUUCCCGAGGGCUGGGAUGUGCGGGUUGAAGGGUUUGUGCCUGGUCUGUGAUUAUUGGGAGAGCUGGAAAGGGGGUAUACAGGUUUAUAUCCUACGAGCCAAUGUAAGACUAUUACAUUGAAAUCAAUGUCUUUUCAAGAUAGCUCUACAUAGUUUGUUCCGCUGUUGUGUACCUAUAUUACCUGUAGGCAGACUACUGGGGUUGUCGUAGCGAAUACCUACAUAUGUAGAUAU